UGUCUGUUUAUAUGGAGAGCCUGGAGGGUGUCUGCCAUGAGUCUGCUGCUAACAACAAGAACUGGCUGGUUUGGGAGAAGACACUAACCCCCAGCUGAGACAAGCCGAGCCACAGGAUGUGGAUGUAACCAGAGCCAAGGACUAUAGAGUUUGGAAUGGGGAAGAUCUGCUUACAGGAGCUGUCAGUCAGAGAAGGUGGAGGGGCCCCAGGAUGAGGAGAACCGAAGGCUGACUUCUGGACAGCAGAACGGAGGGAGCUGCCGACACACAGAUGAAUGUCCGUGUGAAUCCCCUUGGUGAGGCCUCAGUCUGAGUCCUAUAGAUCCCUCCAGAAGGUUAAGGCAUCUCAUCAUCUCUCAGGAUGACCAGUGCAGCGCCCUCCAAGAAGCCAUACCGCAAGGCACCGCCACAGCACCGAGAGCUACGGCCUGAGCUGCCUGCUCCAUGGGCUCAGCAGGAGGUCAGCAUGGUUGAAUGCCAGGAGGCCCUGACAGACUCGGAGAGGAUGAAGCUCCUGCAGCAAGAGAACGAGGAGCUGCGGCGGCGCCUAGCCUCUGCCACCAGCCGGACGGAGGCCCUGGAGCGGGAGCUGGAGAUUGGGCAGGACUAUCUGGAGUUGGAGCUGGGUCAGAGCCGGGAAGAACUGGACAAAUUCAAAGACAAAUUCCGACGACUACAGAACAGCUAUACGGCAUCCCAGAGGAGCAACCAGGAGCUGGAAGACAAGUUGCACACGCUGGCCUCUCUUAGCCACAGCUGGAUUUUUGCAAUUAAGAAGGCUGAGAUGGACCGGAAAACCCUGGACUGGGAGAUUGUGGAGCUGACUAACAAGCUUUUGGAUGCAAAGACCACCAUUAAUAAGCUAGAGGAGCUCAAUGAACGCUACCGGCAGGACUGUAACCUGGCUGUCCAGCUUCUCAAGUGCAACAAGUCCCAUUUUCGAAACCAUAAAUUUGCUGAUCUUCCCUAUGAGCUUCAGGACAUGGUUAGCAAGCACCUGCACAGUACCCAGGAUGCCCCCGGCCCUAGCCCCGCCCCCAGCCUGGCUCCAGGAGCUGUGGUACCCACUUCAGUCAUUGCUCGAGUCCUGGAGAAGCCAGAGUCGCUCUUGCUCAACUCUGCCCAGUCUGGCAGUGCUGGGCGCCCUGUGGCUGAGGAUGUCUUUGUGCAUGUGGACAUGAGUGAGGAACUGGGCAACCCUGCCAGUCCCACGGCUCCCAUGAGUCCCACCUCCCAGGCCAAUGGAGAGUGUUGCCCUUCAGGCAGUACUCGGGGCUCAUCAGAGGAAGAGCUGCCCCUGCCACCCUGUGAGAAGCUGAGCCCUUACCCUACCCCGCCACCCCCCCAUCCUUUGUACCCUGGCCGAAAAGUGAUUGAAUUCUCUGAGGACAAGGUGCGAAUCCCUAGGAAUAGCCCUCUGCCCAACUGUACCUAUGCCACCCGACAGGCCAUCUCUCUAAGCCUAGUAGAAGAGGGGUCAGAUCGUGCCCGACUCAGCCCUGGCAGCCCAGCCUCUACCCAGGCCUCACCUCGACCUCCUGCCAGUCCACCCUCUGCACCUAGCGCUAUUGCCAGCUCUGCUAGUUCUGAAGAAGAUUUGCUGUUAGCCAGCUGGCAUCGAGCAUUUGUGGAUCGGGUACCUCCAUCUGCCCCUCUGACCCAACGCACAGCCUUUGGGUGUGAUGCUCUUCCAGAUACACAUAGUUUUGCUGGCAGCCCCUCAGAUAGUGAGGACCCUGUCCCUGCCCCCUCAUCUCCAGUAAGUGAGGGGUGUCGGCUGUUGCCUUUCCCCAGCCCACCCCUCUCCAGAGAUGAGGAUGAGUUGAACCUGCCUGUGAGCCCUGCAGAGGAGCGCCAGAGCUUGCUUCCUGAAGGAGGAGAGGAAGGGUCAGGGACCCCUCCUGGGGAGGUCAGGGCUCGACUGACCUCUAGUCGCCCUCAGAGAAGCCCAAAACGGAUGGGUGUGCACCAUUUACACCGAAAGGACAGCCUAACCCAGGCCCAGGAGCAGGGCAACCUGCUAAACUAGAGCCUGGCAUCUCUUCUCCCUGCUACCCCACCCACCAGGUUGUUACUGCAUGGGGGACACUGAGGCGGCCUGCCCACUCACUCUAAACUCAGGUUCCCCAAGCCCCCUGCUCCUUGAACCAGCCAGGUCACACCAUUGAAAAAGCAGGGACCUUGCCUUGGAGUCAGCAUUGUAUCUAAGUCCCUUCACCCAACUUGAGGUUGGCUGUUUUUCUACAACUGAGGCACCAGAUGCCUGUCCAAAUAGGGCCUGCUAGGCCUUACUGAUCCCAGCUGAGCAUGGGAGACCCUAUCUUUGCCCAAACCUUGACCAUCCCUGGUCUGCACUUGGGUGUUUGAUGGGGUUAGGGGGUGGGGAGAAGGUCCUGCCAGUAUUUGCCCUGAAGUCCGCUUCUCCCUCAAGGGAGUUAUUUUGGGGGGAAGGGGUUGUUUUUGAACCCCAAGUUUCUUUUACUUAUUGCCUGACACCCUUUCCAUGCUAGGGGCUAUUGUUGCAGAUCUGUGAGGUCAAGGGUGAAAGGAGGGUGGCUUAGGGCUUUCUGUCUCCUUGGGGAAAUGGGGUGGAGAGAAAUCUCCUGCCUGGGCUGGCCCUAGACCCAGGGAAGACUAGAGGUGCCCCUCCCCUCCUUUGGCUCUAGACUGUUACUCUCAGCUUUGGUAAGUUUUCACAAUGAUAAGUCUAUUUUAAAAUCAGAAAUAAACUAUUUUACCGGUA